AUGGACAGGCUGAGUGCUCACGGACAUCAUCUCAUCCCGUGUGUCAGCUUUGCCGAUGCAAAGCAUUGGACCCAGGAGCUGGGAACCAAGAUGCAAGAACAGGAAGAGGAGCUUUGUGCUCAGGUGGAGGACGAGAGUUUCGGUCAGCGGCUGCAGGCUGCCGCCGCGCUGCUGCGAUCGGCGCUGCUCCGCUCGCGGGGUCGGGUCUUGCGAGAAGCAUUUACUGAGCUCGCCCUCCACUCGCGCCUGGAGGCGCUAUGCAGCUUUCAGUGUGGGGCUGCAGCAGCGCGCCUUACCCGAGCGCUGUUGGCCCCACAGCAGCGUCGCGUGGAGGGUUGCCUGGCGGCUUGGCGGCAUCUCUGCAGCUCUGGCCAGGCAAGGCCGCAGGCCAGAAGGCGUCAGAGGCGUUCUGCGCAG